CGUCUUCCAGUGAUCAACGAAGCCCACAUUAUUUACUGGGCACCACCUCGACAACCAGCGGCGGAAUGACGACAUGCGGCUCUACAUGACGUCACUGGUCCAGUUUGGGAGGGCCAGAGAAAACUACGGUGUCCGACAUUGUUUUAGCGUAUGUACACACCGAUUCCACAUUAACUUUAGUGACCUCCGAGCAACGUAAUCGGGAGUCAUUGCCGCCGACGUGUAUUACAAUCUUACUGUAUUUACGUUUAUCCGUAGCCAGCAGUUUAAUGGCCCCCGGCACACAUGUAACUAUGGUCCCUGGUUUCUCUUCACGGUCCUCGGAAUGGAGCUACCGAUCACCAGAGGUGGCUUCUCAGCGUCGCUGAGUGGGGAGAAGCGGUUUGAAACGUGACGUGGUUGGUGGUGAACCGUGUGCUUCCACUACAGCGGCUAACGACUGAGCUUUCUAACUCACCAAUGUAUUAUCUUAUCUUAUUUAUUUAUCCGUGAGGGAGGCAGAGGAACAGCUAAACACGUGACACACCGAGCAAGAAAGAGCUGGAGAACGUCACAUUGCUUCCAAGCCCCGGGCUCGGAUGCAGCCUGGCGACUUUCAGACCCAAGCUACAGCGAACACGUGAAGGCAUCCAAAACGCUUCUUUGUGGCGGCUGCGCCCUGACGUCACUAACAUGCGUCCAUCAAAUCUACGUAGCUUAGUGGGAGUGGAGUCGAUUCCCUAAACACCGCGGUGUCCUUUUCUAACUCCUCGUCAACUCUCCUAACCAUCUUCCCUUGACCCUGUGACAUUUUCCACAGAGGUCAAAGGUUAGUGGUUAGGAAUAGACUUUAGGAGGUAAUUUUUUCAACAAUGUUUUUUUUUUUUUAAUGACGUCACAUUACGUAAUCACGCACGGCCGGAUAUCAGCAGCAUCUCAUCGUUGUGGCGGGUCAUGUUUCUGCACAAUGUGUGCCGCACGCAAACUCCUCCGACUCAGCCCGUCCACCCGGAGCCUCAGAGCGCCCCGCUGCAGUCCUCAGCUCACCUCCCAUGAUGCUUUUCCCCCAGCCGCUGCAGGGAGCGCCACUCAGGAGGAGGGGCAGGUGGGAGGGGGGUACUUGCUGGUGGAGGAAGACACGACCGACUCCAGACUAGUCAUCACCAUGGAGGACAGGCCGGUGAAGGCACCGAGGAGGAGAGCGGUGAGGAAGAAGAGGAGGAAGCUGACACUGGAGGAAGAAGAGGAGGGUGGAGCCUCAGACAGCAAGGAGGAGGAGGAGGAGGAGGAGGCAGGGGCCGAGGUCGAGAUUGACAGGCAGCUCGACCAAUCACUGGAGACCAAGUCCAAACAGCACAACCUCACCACUGUGAACGUUAGAAACAUCAUCCAUGAAGUGAUCACCAAUGAACAUGUGGUGGCCAUGAUGAAAGCUGCAAUCAACGAGACAGAGGCCGUCCCCGCCUUUGAACCCAAAAUGACUCGAUCCAAGUUUAAAGAAGUCGUGGAGAAAGGAGUGGUGAGACAUAUCUGUCUGUCUAUCUGUCUGUCCUUUUCAGUCUGUCCCCUUACUGGUCCGCCUCUCUUCCUGUCUGUCUCUCAGGUGAUUCCAGCCUGGAACAUUUCCCCCAUCAAGAAGACGAGUGACGUCAACAAGGCUCCUCAGUUCAUGGACAUCCAUUUGGCUGAAGAAGACUCCUCUGAUGAAGAGUACCACCCUGAUGAGGAAGACGAGGAGGAGGAGACGGCAGAAGACACCUUUCAGGAGAGCGACAUGGAGAGCUCCGCUUCUUCUCCCCGAGGAACUCGGCUGAGCAGACUGGAGGAGGACAGCUGCAGCCCCUGGCAGACUUCCCGGAGCCGCUCCAGACGUUUGAGGACAGAGUCUGUCUCAAUGGGCCCGCCCCCUCCUCCCAAUGUUCCUCCAACCAAAGCGGCCCCUGAUACCACCUUCCUGGAGAGACUCCAUGCUGUGGAGGAGGAACUGGCUGUGUGUGUGGAACCCUACCAGCCUCUGCCUGAGUCUGAGGUGAGUCUGAUGGCGUACCGGACUCGCUCCAAACGUCCUCUACGUGACGUCCCACUCGGCCGGUUGGAGGCGGAGCUCCGAGCUCCAGACAUCACACCCGACAUGUAUGAGUCUAGCUCCGCCCACGAGGACAGGGAUUGGACUGAUUGGCUGAGGGGCCUGAUGACAUCAGACAUGGAAAACGAAGAGGAAUGUGAUGACGAAGAUGAUCCAGAGUACAACUUCCUGGCCGACACCGAUGAACCCGAUGUGGAGGAUUACCGUGACGACAAGGCUGUCCGCAUCACCAAGAAGGAGGUGAAUGAGCUGAUGGAGGAGCUGUUUGAAACGUUGAAAGAAGACCUUGUAGCGGGGCAGGAUGUAGAAGAUGGAGGCCAUGAGGAAGAGGAGGAGCCACAGGAAGAGUGUGUUCAAACACAGACCGAUCAGGAGCACAACUUAGGUCCAGUAGAGGAGGAGGAACCAAUCACAGAGCUGCGUACGGUGAAGCAGCAGAUUGCGCUGAUGAGAAAGAGGCGAGACCUCGGGCUGCCGACACACAACCCAGAACCACACUGUCUGAGGCUGAGUGGACCACAGAGGAGCCGCCUGCAGCAGCAGCUUCAGCAGCACGUCCAGCUGCUGACUCAGAUUCACCUGCUGAGUUCACCUGUGGCCAAAUUGCAGAGUGAGGCUGAGACCACCAAACAGUUCCUGUUUGAGUUGGAGCUGUUAGCUCAGAGGGGUCAGCUGCUGAUGUCUUCGGGACGUCUUGGGUUCUGCAGCGUCUUCAGAGCCCCUAACCUGCAGGGAGCUCUGCAGCUACUGGAGGAGCUUCAGAAGAACCCCAUCACCUACCAGCAGCAGCUCCACCCGCCAGACUGCAGAGGAAACCUGCGGCGUUUCCCUGUUCUUCCUGCUGAACUCUCGUGGCUUUUUGCCACCCGUCCGGUCUUCCUGUACCCAGAGCUGUUGCCCUGUGCCAGCCUGGACCCAGACCUCUACUGCCCCCGCAGGACGGCUGCUUUCACUGCUGCUGAGGACUGCCUCUUGGUUCUCGGCCUGAGGAACAUGGAGGGGUCAUGUGACCCGACAAAGCUGGUCUCUCAGUUCCUGCUAAGGAAGACUUUGGUCCAGGUCCGACGGAGAAUACUGCAGUGCUGCAGACCUGGUUCCCCCGACAACAUCGUCAAGGCCUUCAGGUAUCAGCGGGUUGUGUGGCCGAUGCUGGUGGCCUGCCGGCAGGUGGACCCGAGGGAGCAGCGCCCCCCAGUUGAGAGAGAGGAAGAGGCCAUGCCCCUGUGGCUGAUGAGAAGCCUUCCUGCCAUCUUUACCUCCAUCAAAGACAAUAACAGCCAGUCUGGCUCCGCCUCCAAUGCCCCGCCCUCCUGCCAGACUCACCUGACCCUCCGCCGCGCUUCCUCUGACACCUACAGCUUCCCCCCAGGGACCAGUUACCCCCCCCGCCUCCCCAAAAACCUUGACUUCCGGCGCAUCGGCUUUGUCCUGCAGCAACCCCUCCCCCGAACUCCCCCUCCCGCCUCUCUUCCUGACUCGACCCCCCUCACUGACCAACGGGUAUGGUCCUCCCCUGUCCCUGACCCAAAGGUUGGCUCCUCCCCUCCCCGAGCGCCCAGUCAUGGAAUCCUCCUCCGCCGCCUCCUCCUUAGCAGGACUGAUGCCCCUGAUGUCAUUGUCACUGCCUCACCAGUCACCAUGACGAUCAGAGAGCGAAUCAGAGGUCACUCUCAGACCCUUACCAGCCUGAGGAGGAAGUCUGUUCUACCUGCUGAAGAACUGAACGGGAGAGAAGCCAGCGGGGGCGUUGAGGCUGUAACAACUCCUCCUGAAGGCCACGCCCCCCCUCAGGGUGUGGGGCAGGAGAGCGAUGUCAUAAGCACGAAAAAUGAAGAGGAGGCUGAGGAACACACUGAUGUCCUCCUGGUUCUCUCUGAAUCAUCACACAGCUCAACAGGAAGUGAACUCUCCACUAACCCAGAGGAGGCGGAGUCAGAGAAGGAACAGGAAGUGACACGGACGCCAUGUGCAGCAAAUAGCGAUGAUGAUGGAGAGACGUCCUCAGAUGAGUCCUUCCUUCUGCUGCAGGAGGCCUCAGAGGAUGAAGAGGACCAGAAGCGGACCGAGGAAGACGAGGUGUUUGCUGAGGACUAUCUGCUUCGAGUGUGUGAGGCGGUGCAGGUUCGCCCCGGCGCGUUGGAGCAGCUGCUGCAGGUGUUUGAUUGCUGCUCGUCCUCGGCAGAGCGCCUCUACGGCGGACUGAGCCGUGUCCUUCACCCGUGGCCUCAGCUGCUCAGAGACUUCGCUGCCUUCCUGAACCGAGGGCAGGCUCGCUGCUGCGGGCUGCUGACGGAGCAGCGACUGUUUGAACGCAGCCGGAGGUUUUUGCGGCUACUGGGGCGGAGCCUUGGAGAAAGCUCAGAUCAGUUCCAGCAGUUGGUGUCGGUGCUGCAGGGAAGCUCCGCCCCCUCACCUGAGGCCAUGGUCCAGAUUUCGUCGCUCCUCGGACAACACGCCGACCUGCACCGGGAAUUCUGGGCGUUUUUCCGGCAGCUUCACGGCUCAGAGACGGAUUACGUGUCCCAGAAUGCUCCUCUGCGCCGCCACAGGAAGAGAAUCGAGCAUCGGAUGCCUGUGGAGGCAGAGCGACCGGUCGGCGCCAAAAACAUGUUGCUGACAUCGACGGGAGAGAAAGUGGUUGUGUGGACGCGCGAGGUGGACCGCGCCAUCCUGACAGCGUGUCAGCAGAGAGGAGCCAAUCGUAAAACAUUCAGGCGGGUCUCCGCCCAGCUGGGAAACAAGACCGCCCAACAGGUGAGUCUCCGUUUCUUAGACCUGAUGAAUCUCUUCCACUCUGCCAACAUACAAAAGUCCACUUCCUGUUCCUGAGAGGAAAAGCCAAUGAGCAGAUAAGAAGCAGACCAAAAGACCAAUCACAGUGGGAAGCUCAGAUCGGAUGUCCUUCAUUGUGAAGUUCUUCAGGAUGUUUCAUCCAAUCGCAGCGCAACCAGAACUCACUGGAUGGUUCUGGGUGCCCUAGAACGUAUUUGAGAAGGAACCUGGUGGGUUCUACCGGAGAACAUCUGGAGCAUAGACUGGUCCAGCCGAGGCGUCUUUAUUUAUACCUCAUCAUUAUUUAUUCUUUAUCUUCUCACCACCAAGUCAGGCAGGUCACUGUGAACAGGGUUUGGAGCUGGAGUCACUGGACAAAUUCAAUUUCCUUCUGUUAUUUUUAGAGAUUUUCGUUUCUUUAUUUCUUUUGACAGUUGAUGUUUACAGAAAUAAUUGAAUUACAAAAACAUUGGUUAAAGAAAACAAAGCUGCUGCCAUUCUUACUGAAGUGUUACUGGAGAGGUUUAGUCUUCCUACGAUGCACCGGGGUUUAACUGAAUAAUUCCAUGUUUCGUAGCGGCCUUAAUGAACAUAGUGUCACUGGAGGUUUUAUCUAUAUUUAUUCAUAUUGAAUGUGAAUGAUAUUUCAAUAAAUCAUUGUUACACGUUU